CAAACUAAACUGAACCCAUGUUUCUUCACCAAAUGAACAGCCUCAGUUUUGGCAAUUUGCUGAGUUAUGUAUGCGCUGUUGAAGUAUUAGGAACUGAAAGCAUGUUAUUUGUAUGCUGAACCCUUCAGUGCUCAACAGAGCAUCUGAUGUUCGGGAAACUAUUCUAUAUCUUGUAUUAGCUUGUAUCUUUAUGCAGAAACAGUAAAUAGAUUGGUUUUUUUUUUCUCUUCAACUUGUGCUUGAGAUUUUUUACAUGUUGGGGUUCUUUCUCUCACCCAAUUGAAAUUUGCUCAACUAGAUUGUCAUUUGGAGUUUUUGAACUCCCAGUUUUGAUUUAUAUGGAUGACAGUUGAUAUGAGGUGCUUAUGCUGUUAAGAAAUAUGAUUCAAAUGUUUGUGUGAAUUGUGUUUCUCAUUUUUGAGUUUUGACAUUUAAACGGUUUGUUGCAAUUACGAGUGUGUUCCUGCACAUGGACGGAAGUUGUAGCGCUCUUCAAUGUCAUUCUCUUGAGCGUUCCUGGUUUUUGGUAAGUAUAAAACUAUAAAUGUUUGCGCAUGGUGGAAGCUCCAUUUGUUUCCAGUCAGGAAUUAAUCAGAUCAAGCCAACUGAAGCUGCUUUGUCACGCGGGUUUGGUUUCUUUAAUUGCAGACCUGCUGUCUGGCUGAAGUUCUCCUCAUUUCUCUUGGUGAGGAGUUCUUUACAUUAUGCGUUGAGUUCAAAGACGCUCGAUGUGGAGCGCUCCCAGAAGCAAAGCAAACUAACUGUAACUGCUUCAAAAGCAAUCGAGAAGAAAAUAAUCAAGAAGGCGGGCAGGAAUGAGCACCACUUAUGGAAGAAAAAAGACGCAGCUGGGUCUGGACAAAAGGCACUCAAUCUUAUUAGAAUUGUUUCUGAUCUUCCCAAUGAGAAAGAAGCUAUCUUUGGAGCAUUAGAUAAAUGGACAGCCUGGGAGAUAGAAUUCCCACUGAUUGCAGCAGCUAAGGCUUUGAAGAUUCUAAGGAAGAGGAGUCAGUGGAUGCGUGUAAUUCAAGUGGCAAAGUGGAUGCUAAGCAAAGGUCAAGGAGUGACAUUGGAAACAUAUGACACCCUUCUACUGGCAUUUGAUAUGGAUCAUAGGCCGGAUGAGGCUGAAUCUCUGUGGAAUAUGAUUCUGCAUACACAUACAUGCUCUAUCUCAAAGCGGCUUUUUUCUAGGAUGAUCUCGUUGUAUGAUCAUCAUGAAAUGGAAGAUAAGAUAAUAGAGGUAUUCGCAGAUAUGGAGGAGUUGAGUGUAAAACCAGAUGAAGAUACUGUUAAGAGAGUGGCGCGCGCUUUUCAGGUGCUGGGCCAAGAAGACAAAAGGAAACUUGUUUUGAGAAGAUAUGGGUGUAAAUGGAAGUAUAUUCACUUCGAGGGUGAAAGGGUCAAAGUGAGAACUAAUGCAUGGAUGACGAUGACAUCCUAACCAAAUGAAAUGGCAGAAAAUUCAGGUUCCACCUGUAAGCAUGCUCUUAAAUGUUAAGAGAUGAUAAAUGUUAUGAUUAUUUACAGAUUUCCCUUUCUAUAUCCCAUAAAGCUUUGCAGACAUGUACAGACACUGGAUAAGAUCCACUCGUAGAUAUCAGAGUAGGAAUCUGUUGUUAGAUAGAAGGAUCCUGUAUAUAUAUUUAUAACGAUGUAUUGAGAGUUUGUUAGAUACACCUUUGUUUUGUGGAUUA